UUGAGCUCUAGGAUAAAGCAACUUGCUGCUAGUUAAAAUUUAAACUAUGUUUGUAAAAUAUUUGGCCCUGAUAAGGUGGGCCUGAGAACUGAUAGUUACGGUGCUCAGCUGGAGUAGCUUGUAAGUGAGGGAGCAGACUUCCAGCGAAGGGGAAACCGCAAACGGAACGGUUCCCUGGGAAAUGCAGCGCUGAAGCCCGUUAAAUGAGAGACGAGGUUUGGGAAGGAAAAGCUUCACAGCAUUCCGAAAUACGAAACUGAUUCCCAUGGAAACGUCCUCAUCCUCUGAUGACAGUUGUGACAGUUUUGGUUCUGAUAAUUUUGCAAACACAAAACCCAAAUUUAGGUCGGAUAUUACAGAAGAAUUGGCAAAAGUUUUUUAUGAAGCCUCGGAUGAUGAAUCCUUCUGUGGCUUUUCAGAAAAUGAGAUUCAAGGUGCAUUGAAGCUGGAAUCAGAUUCAGAGGAGAAUGAUGUAAAUGCUGAAAACGAGGUAACUCAGCGAAGACGUAAAUGUUCUGUUCCUCUAAAAGUAGCUAUUAAGUUCCCAACUCGGAGGUCAAAAAGGAGGAAGGAUGAGAUGGAUUUGCUGCCUGAGAAGCUGAUGCCUGCUCCAGAUUCAGACUCUGAUUCUGAAGAAAAGGGGUCCACUUUUUUAGAAAAAAGAGCAUUAAACAUAAAGGAAAACAAAGCAAUGCUUGCAAAACUAAUGGCCGAAUUACAAAAUGUUUCUGGUAUCUUUGAUGGGAGAAGAUCAUUGUCAACUGCCAGUCAUGGACCAAAGCGACUUCCAAGACGUUCAUUUCCCAGAAGUGCUUUGAGGAGGAACCCAGACAGGAGUUCUCGGCCUCACACAAGAUCCAGGUCCUUGAUUGAAGGUCCACCUACUCCUUUACCAGAAGAUGAUGAUGAUGAUGAUGACCAGUACAUCUUAGUGAGAAGAAGAAAGAUGUCUGAUGAGUACCUGGAGCAUGAAGCCCAGACUCCCAGGAGAGGUCACCGUGGUGCCAUGGCUCUUCCACACAUUGUGCGUCCAGUUGAGGAGAUAACAGAGGAAGAACUGAAUAAUAUUUGUGGAUCUGCAAGAGAUAAAGUGUAUAACAGGGCCAUGGGCUCCACUUGUCAUCAGUGUCGCCAAAAAACCAUAGAUACCAAGACAAAUUGUCGUAACCCUGAUUGCAUAGGUGUACGGGGCCAGUUCUGUGGGCCAUGUCUCCGCAAUAGGUAUGGGGAAGAUGUCAGAACAGCAUUGCUGGAUCCGACCUGGAAGUGCCCACCAUGUCGUGGAAUCUGCAACUGUAGCUUCUGCAGACAGCGAGAUGGCCGAUGUGCUACAGGUGUCCUGGUUUACCUAGCCAAGUACCAUGGCUAUGACAAUGUCCAUGCCUACUUGAAAAGUCUGAAACAAGAACUUGGAAUGGAAGACUGAAGCUGUGACUGCCUUCAAAUUACAUACUCUUUGACCAAUACUGCAUUAUUGCUUACAGUGAAUUGUUUAAUUAAGUGACAUUACAAACCUAGUGGAUUCCUUCUGUCACCUUUUGGGUUAAAAAAGGAUAAAGAACUAUCACAUAUCUCAGUGCAAAUCGUACUUAGAAAAACUGUUUAAUGAAGGCCUUUUCCUACAGGCCAUUGUUACCCGUUAAACAACUUUGCAAACUAGAGAGCGUCAGUCUCCGCUUUAAUGGCAACUUUUUUUUUUUUUCCUGAAAGGAGAUGGGGCUUUAAGCCAUUAGUUUUAUUCAUACGAUGAUCUGUGCUGCAGUUUUAUUUAUGCUUGAAAGUUAAUCACAAAAAGAUAAAGCUGUUCUGAAUGUUCAUGGCAGUGUUCUCACUGAGCCAAGUGGGGAAGGUAUGUGCUUAACUCAUGACCAACUUUAGCUGCAAUACAGAUCCUUCCUGAAAAAACGUGAUAGAAGUUAGAAAUUCUGUAAAACAGCUGCUUGUUCUUAAGUUUAAAAAGGAAGCCCUGAAGGUUGCAGCAGAGCAGUCUCCAGGCAUCAUUUUAACGGUUUUAUAUAAGAGUACUCGAAGUGCAGACUCUUUUGAGGGAAGUUCUCUAUUGAGUGACUUUAAAAAUGCAGCAGAAGGAAUUGGGGGUGGGGACUUUGUAAUACAUUUUGUCACAUGACAGAAAGCCACUGCCAAAAGCUUCCACAGCACCAGCACUAGGAUUGCCUAGCAAUGACAGUGACAGAUAUGAAAGUGCUGGUAUACAUUGUGGAGUGACCACUCUGUCUAAAAUAGAGUAUACCCUAUGUUAAAUUAAUGUUAUGUUCUGGGAGUUUGCCUUUUCAUGCUGUUGCUGCCAACUGCAGAAUUACUUCUGUGUAGAAGUAGCCCUGGUCCUGGGGAGGGGAGCCUUCAAGACCAGGGCUUGGAUAAGUACAGGAGGAGUGAUUCAUGUGGCUUUUGGCCAGCUGCAAAGUGGAUUAAAGAUGCAACUUGUCAAACUCCGCUAUCAGGAAGAAAGCUAGUGACAAAGCACUGGGAACAAGAGCCUGAGUUUUCUUUUACCUCUGAACAAAAUAAAAAGUAAGAACUUUGUAAACUACAGUCCAGCUUAAGUGAAAUAUUCUUCCAGUUGCAUAGAGCAGCAUAAGCAUUAAUAGAUAAUAUUCUUAAGAGACACACACCCUUGCUACAGUAGCAGGUGAGGAAAAGCAGUUGCCUUACCUAAAGGUAUUUAAAAGAUGAAUGAAAAGGGAGAUGUAAUGGAUUGCAUACAGUUUGUGAGCACUUACAAAUGUGGUUAGUGCUGUGGUCCUCUCAAUGGUCCAGCCAUAUUUCUAUUUCUCUGGCUCAACAUGAUUGUAGAAACACAUUUUGCAUGACUUUGUUAAUGAACCAUGAGUACAGCAAAAAUUGAGCUGAAGAAUUCUAGUAUGCUGCGUGGAUGGGUCUUGUGUACUUGGUGCUUUAGAAAAAGUGCCAUGAAAAUUACAUCUGGAGAACCACAAGAUGUAUAAAUGCUCUUAGUCUGGUAAUGGAAACUGCUGCGUAAGCUUUGUGUAAGAUUUAGAAUGCAAUGUUAUAAAUAAUGUACAGUUGAAUAGUAUGCAGAAUCAUCUUGUGUUUAUUGAGCACUAGAACAAGACAUGGCUUCAGACCUCUCCACUUGCACAGUAUUUGUACUGCGUGGGUAUAUACAUAAUAAUCUACACUUUAUACCUGUCUGAGAAGUACAUCAGCAUUUGGGGAAGGAGGAGGAGAGAGAAAUCUUGAAACAAAAGAUCUUCAUGUGUCAGAUGUGCAGCUCUGUUUCAUAAAUCAUCUGCAUUGCUGAGAAUCUCCAGUCCCUUCUUUGUCUCUAUUUUUAUACAAUGAAUAGCUGUGCAAUCUAAGGUGGAGAGUGCUUUACCCUGUAGGUACAUUUCAUGAAAAAGGAGCUCUAGAAAUACAUGUUCUGACAGCUGUGAUUUUUUUUUUCUAAUUGUUGGGCUUGACUUCUGAUUGCUAGAGUGUGAAAGGACUGUGUUAAAAGUAAACUCUUGCAUCAUGCCAUGGAGACUGCUGUAUUGGGAUUCCUUCAAAUCUAUGAAGUUCUGUACAAAUGUUUUUAUUUUGAUAAUAAAAGUUUUUUUUGUUAGAA